CACUCUCGGCUUGCCUUUGUGUUUGUCUCUAAACUAUGGGACUCUCGGUGUUUUGAGCGGAGAUCUGAGUUGGAACAGAUGGUUUUCAUCCUACAGAACAGCGCAGAAAAACAACAGCGACUUAAAGAAGUUUCAGGUCUCCGUCCUCGACAAAACCUGCUCCAGGCUACGAGCGUUGCCGACAGGAAGACAACAUGGACUUUAGCACGCCACCAGAAAGCCCCUCCUGCAGCCUCACCAACAGGAGCAGCAGCUUUUUUAAGCUGAUUGACACCUUUGCGCUGGAAAUCGGGGAGCUGAAGAAGGAGAUGGUCCAGUCGACUUCAGCUUUGGACAAGGAGCCCGUGGAGUUACAAGGCCUGCAGGGUGGUGCUUACCUGCAGCCCCCACACUGCAGUGGGUUAGUGGGGGAAAGGGAUUCUGGUUAUGACUCCUUACGGAGGAGGAUGAGUGUGUUGGACCGGCUGACUCAAACUCACCAGGUCUGGCUGCUGCUAGCAGUCAGUGAAGACGAGGCCUCCUGCAUACUGCUCAAACAGCCACCAGGGGUGUUUCUGGUCAGGAAGUCGACGGUUCUGCAAAGGAAGGUCCUUUCUGUGCGUUUGGAUGAGGAUCAGACAGAAACUCCCAUCAGCCACUUCCAUGUCAGAGAGAGUCAGUUCUCCUUUUCCAUCGAAGGAUCUGGGAUCAGCUUUGCAGAUCUGUUCCACCUUGUGGCCUUCUACUGUGUCAGCAGAGACAUUCUGCCGUUCACGCUGAAACUUCCUGAAGCCAUUUCUUCUGCAAAGACACAGAAAGAACUGGAGGAGGUGGCUCAGCUUGGUGCAGGCUUCUGGGACUCUGCCCUCUGCAGUCAGCGACGCUCCUCGCCCCCACUCUGUCGCCGUCUGAGCCGGACCCUCAGCACCCAGUGGACUAAAAGGACGGGUGAGGUUGAGGAAUCAACACAGAAGCAUACUGGUGCUCACAGCGACAGUGCACCUCCAACCUUACAGCUCCACACUCCUCCACCUACCUUUUUUCAGGACAAUAUUGGACCCCUGUGCUUUGUGAACCCUCUGUUCUUGCAAACUCAUCUCCACAGCCACGACACCAACCCUCCGACUCAGUCCGAAUCAGAGGAAGCUCCAGAUUUACAGCCGCUGAACAGCAGCCAGUACAGUGAGCUGGACGUGGAUCAGACCAAACUGAACAGUCAAUCGCGCCCCCCACCUCCUCGUCCCCCUCCUCCCCGCUCAAUGCCAAGCCGCCGGCCUGCUCCACCUCCACCCGGGCCUCCGGUGGCUACUUCCAGGACCAAGAGCAUGCCGGCAGCUGUAGGUAUGGCCACCUGGCAGCAGCAGACCUCCACCAGGCGCCCUGCACCAGCACCACCUUCACUGGGUGCCAAAAGCAGCAGCUCAACUUCACCAAACCGACCACCUCCUCGACCCAAAAAGCCAGAUCUGGAAGCUCACCGCUGCCACAUUGCUCUGGAUGACGAAACCAUUGCUAAGGCUCUGUCCCGUGCCAACCUUCCCUCCUGCCAGCCUCCACCUGCUUCUGAGGAACCAUCGCAACAGAACAUCACAGAGAGUAUUUCUGGUCCUGAUGAGAGAAGGCGGCAGCGUCUCAGUGACAUGAGCAUGUCAACAUCAUCCUCAGACUCCCUGGAAUACUCCCGGUCUCCUGGGUUCCCCUUGGUCCUGGCCCCAAGCACUUCUCAGGACUUGGUGGAAGACAGCAGUGAAGACGAUGAGGAUGUUGAGGAAGAAGAAGAGGAGGAUUAUGGCGUUGGAAUGGAAGCAGAUCUGGAGUCUCGCCUCCGUCCAAUCCUUAAGGCUCGAAGGCGAAGGGUUGGUGUGAGCCUGGGUGGAGGGUCCUUUAUCCUGCCCCGGUCCCUGAAGGGACGCUUCAGCAAGGUGGGUGGGAUGCUCAGCUCCCUGAUCACGCCACAGAAACGGGCAGUGAAACGGAUUGUUGAGCUGUCCCGGGACAAGAGCUCGUAUUUUGGGUCACUGGUUCAGGACUACAUCAGUUUUGUCCAGGAGAACCGGAGCUGUCACACGUCAGGGAUGGACUUCCUGCAGACUGUCCGGCAGUUUAUGACACAGAUGAAGGCUUACCUGCGGCAGAGCUCCGAGCUCGACCCCCCCUUAGAGUCCCUCAUUCCUGACGACCAGAUUGACGACGUUCUGGAGAAGGCCAUGCACAAAUGUGUCCUGAAGCCUUUAAAGAGCAUCAUUGAGAUGAUUCUGCACGAUUUCCAGGUGAACAGUGGAGCACUGCAGCAGCUCAGGGAGAACCUGGCCUUGGCUAAGAGCAAGAUGCCCCAGGACCUGGGGGUGGAUGGAGCCGUGCCCCCAGACUCUGUGGCCAUUGAGAAAAUCCGCCAGAAGUUCCUGAACAUGAGGAAGAUGUACUCCCCUGACCAGAAGGUGUCGCUGCUGCUACGAGUGUGCAAACUCAUCUACACCAUCAUGCAGGAUAACUCACGGAGGAUGUACGGGGCUGACGACUUCCUGCCCAUGCUGACCUAUGUAGUGGCUCAGUGCGACAUGCCACAGCUGGACACAGAGGUUCAGUACAUGAUGGAGCUGCUGGACCCAACUCUGCUGCAGGGAGAAGGUGGUUACUACCUGACCAGCGCUUAUGGAGCCAUGGCACUCAUCAAGAACUUCCAGGAGGAGCAGGCGGCCCAGGUUCUGAGCUCUGAGGCUAGAAACACCCUCCACCAGUGGCAUCGCCGGCGAACGGCGCAGCGCUCCGUGCCCUCUGUGGACGAUUUUCAGAACUUUCUCCGGGUUGCCCUGCAGGAGGUGGGCUCAGGCUGCACGGCUAAAACCCUGCAAGUGCAGCCGUACACCACAACAGAGGAGGUCUGCUCCCUCUGCGCCUACAAGUUCAAGAUCCCUGACCCUGAGAACUACGCCCUGUUCCUGAUCACCGAGGGCACGAGCCAGCAGCUCGCUCCGGACACGCACCCCCAGCAGAUCAAAGCAGAGCUGCACAGCCGGCCGCUCGCACAAGUCUUCCACUUUGUCUACAGGAGGGUGGCCAAUCUGAACCUCUGCACCCUGGCUGACUUCAACAAUGGGAACUGCCUUCAGGUGGACUAGGGAAGGACUGCAGUUAUGUCAUGUUAGGGUAUGUUGUAGGUUUAUAAAGACAGAUUUGAGGAUGUCUGAUGCUUGUUUGGAGGGAAUCUGAAGAACCUUUAAACUGGUUGAAAAUUUGAAGAAAGAUUCAGAAGUCUAGUUGCAGGUGUGUUUAAGAUUGAUUUUGGCACGUGCAUGUGGAUAAAGAUAGGAAAUUUAGGAAAGCUGAGGCAUCCUCCUUACAUUUAACUGUAACUGCUGUCCCCAUGACACCUUAUAAAUGAACCGAACACACUGUAUGUUACUGAGAGCGGGCCCCAGAUUAAAACUUUGCUAAAAUGUUUAUUUAAUAAGUGAAAUGAUAUUUUUUAAUGCUCCACAACUGCAGGUCAAUUGUGGAUUAUAUCUUUGUGUAUAAUUAUUUUUAUAUGCUUUAAAGUGACAAAGAUUCAUAUUCUGAUGUAACGUUUGUUGACUGGACUUAUUCAUGCCAGUUAUUUCUUAAAAGUCAGUUUGAAACAAUUAUUCAGUUGUUUGUAAUGAGAAGCUCAAAUGUGAUUUUGGAAAUUAAAAACAUUGUGAAUGAAAGUA